ACGACGAUGCCCAUUUCGACGCCGAUGCGUGCCAGUGUCGCGCGAGCUGCAGCCGCAGGGUCGAGAGGCUGCACGCACUGGGGCAGAACCAACGGUCUCGCCACGCUCGCACGCUUCCGACGGGCAAUAGCGACGGCAGCCGCCAACGUGCCCACGCCAAGGGCCCUCGUCGCACACCUGGACGAGUACGUCGUCGGACAGAGUCGGGCCAAGCGAGCGUUGGCCGUGGCCGUCUUCAACCACUAUAUACGGAUCGCUUCUAACGAGCAGCGCGCAGCUGAAGCAGCCAGGAAGGCGCUAGAGGAGCUCGAGCGACAGGAAGAAAAGCAACGUCUGGAAGAGUUGGAAGCAGAGCAAAGGGAGAGCAAAUGGGAGAAGAAGGACGAGACAGAGGUCUUGACAGACUUUGUAGGCCAGACCAAGGGGAGCAAGCGCUGGAGCACGAACGACGAUGGCGCCUACUUCACAUCAUCGAGACCAGAACCGCUGAGCUCGCCCAACCGGAGCGACGACAGAAGGAAGCAAAGCAGAAGCAAAGACAAGGAAGGCAGCAGCAAGGGUACUACAACCUCCAGCAAUAUCAAGGGGAGGACGGAGUCUUUAAGAUGGCCUCUGGUCCCACGUUCACUCUCCAAAGGACUCGCCGAAAGUGCGUCCGGCGUGACCAAUCUCGAGAAGUCGAACGUGCUCCUUGUAGGACCAUCAGGCAGCGGCAAGACUCAUCUCGUCCGAACGCUUUCCCUGUCGCUCCAGGUGCCCUUUAUCACGGUCGACGCGAAUCCGCUCACCUCGGCCGGGUACGUUGGCGAAGAUGUCGAGCAGAUCCUCGUGAGGCUGAUCGAAGCUGCCGGUGGCGACAUUGCCUUGGCUGAACGAGGUAUCAUCAACAUCGAUGAGAUCGACAAGAUCGCCGCUCCGAGGGCGUCCGCCUCGGGGUCUGCUAGACCGGCGACUGGGGGUCGCGAUGUUGGAGGUACGGGCGUGCAACAAGCAUUGCUUCGCAUUCUGGAGGGAACAGUUGUAACCGUCCCAGACAAGCGCGGGCCAUCGCAACAGCAGCAGCAGCAUCACAACCAACAACAUCCCCACCAGCAGCAGCAUUACUAUCAUCAUAAUCAUCAGUCGACAUUAGCGUCGAGGCCACGCGGGUCUUCAGCCGCCGUGACAAAGCCGUGGUGGAGUCCGGGAGGAGAGCAGCAGCAGGCCGCCACGAAGCGAGAGACGAGCGAUGGGACCAUUCGCAUCGACACGUCCAAUAUUCUGUUUGUCUUAUCUGGCGCAUUCGUGGGUCUGGACGAGAUCGUCGCUGCUCGCCUGGGCGUCUCGCUCGAUGCCAAAGAAGGAAUUGAAAAGGAGGGAGACCGAGCGACCCCAUCGCUCGUGCACCAAGCCACAGCUACGGACCUGACCAAUUUCGGUUUGAUCCCCGAAUUUGUCGGUCGGCUUCCCGUCCUAGUCGAGCUCGAGGCGCUGAGCGAGCGAGACCUUGUCCAGAUACUCACGCGACCACGGAACGCGCUUGUCAAGCAGUAUCAAGAGAUUUUCAGCUCUUACGGCGUUAACCUGAGCUUCGGCAAGAAGGCCCUGCAGAGCCUUGCCAGGCAAGCGAUCAGUGGCGGGGGGCCUACGAAAUCGACUGCGAGUUCAUCGUCGGGCGGCUUCGGGGCACGGGCGUUGAGGAGCCUCUUGGAGAAGCGGCUGAUGGACGCCAUGUACGACGCGCCCGGCGGUGCGGUGCGGUACGCCCUUGUGGACCAGGCGGCGGCAGAGGGAGCGGCAGAGGUCAAGAUGUACUCGAGGGGAGGAAAGCAGGCCUAUCUCGAUGCCCUUCACGAGGACGAAAGCGAGGAGCAGGACAUCAAGAAGAAGAAGCUGUCAACCUCUAUCUCUUCUUCCUCCCCCGCUGCUAAAGCCGAGGCGAUCCGCCAGAAGGAGCCACCGCUCGUCGCGAAGACGCCCUCGCCACCAUCGCAGAAUCACUUCUUCGACGAGGUCAACAUCCGGAGAAGAGCGCGCGCCCGACUCACGAGGCCCUCUCGUGUUGGCAAUCUGCGCAUCUUGACGACCAUGGAUUGAUUCGCUGUACACUACAUUUUCUUUGGUUCCCACUGCAAUCCUACCCUAGAACAAUCAAUCGUAAUGACUAAAUCUGUUA